AAAACCAGAAGCGCCAUGCCAACGGAAAUGCCCAUCACAUCCCAGUCUUGUACAAAGACGAUACCACCUAUAUCACUAAGCGAUCAUCACCACCCAUAAUUAAAAAACCUCCAAUUUGUUUUGUCAACUUGGUAUAGAUUUGAUCGACCAGCGAUUGUAUAAGGCCAACAACCCAAAUGCUCCAACUCCGAUUCUUACAAGCCUCUCUCUCUCCAAAACCCCACCUAACUUUUCCUCUCAUCUCUUCUUCUGGGUCAUUGAGAAUAUCACAAACAAAGCUCAGAUCGCAAAUGGGGUCUUACACGACGUCGUCUCAACAACCCUCAAAGCUGCUGUUCCGUCAGCUCUUCGAGAAGGAGUCAGCGACCUAUACUUACCUUCUUGCCGAUGCUUCUCACCCUGAAAAACUCGCCCUGUUGGUUGACCCUGUAGAUAAGACAGUAGACAGAGAUCUUGCUCUUGUUAAAGAUCUGGGCUUGAAGCUUAUAUAUGCGAUAAACACCCAUGUACAUGCAGACCAUGUAACUGGGACUGGCCUAAUUAAGACUAAAGUUCCUGGUGUGAAAUCUAUCAUUUCCAAAGCAAGUGACGCAAAAGCUGAUCUUGUGGUUGAACCUGGUGAUAAAAUCUGCUUUGGUGAUCUUUUUCUGGAGGUUCGUGCUACCCCUGGUCAUACAUUAGGUUGUGUUACUUAUGUUACAGGAGAUGGACCAAGUCAGCCUCAGCCAAGGAUGGCUUUCACGGGUGAUGCUCUAUUAAUACGCGGAUGUGGGAGGACAGACUUCCAGGGUGGAAGUUCACAGCAACUAUAUAAGUCGGUGCAUUCACAGAUCUUUACUUUACCCAAGGACACAUUGGUGUAUCCUGCUCAUGACUACAAAGGUUUCACUGUUAGUACUGUGGGAGAGGAGAUGCUGUUUAAUGCUCGCUUGACAAAAGAUGAGGAGGCAUUCAAGAACAUCAUGGCAAAUUUGAACUUGUCAUAUCCAAAGAUGAUGGAUGUUGCAGUCCCCGCUAACAUGGUUUGUGGGUUGCAAGAAGUGGAGUCGAAACCCUGCUAAUGCUAUGGCAGGUCAAGCUAUGCAUUGUAGUUGUCGUUGUUCUUUUUAAUAAUGGUGUGACUGAUGAAACUGGGUUUUGGUUUGAUAAAAUUUUCUAAUAAUGGUCCAAUAGAAAAGGCUUUCCGGUUGAUCCAUUUGUAAAACUAUCCAUUCCUUACAUGGGCGUGGUUGUAUUUCUACUUACUGUGUAGAUGUAAUAACAGGUAUCUGAUAGUUUACGGUACACUGCGAGAAAAUGGAAUUUCUCCCGUUGA